UCCAGUCUGUUUUAAACUUUUCCCAGGGUGCAUGGUGUCCCUGCAUGGGGAGUGUUUACAGGACGUUAUCUAUGUCAGUGCCGGCCCCUCAUCCCUCUGAGUGGGUUUCUGAGGAAUGUUGGAACAGGAUGGAGGAGUUCCAAAGGGGGAGUGACGAUAGAGAGACAGACAGACACCGGGAGAGAAAGAGAGAGAGAGGGAGAGGGAGAGAGGGAGAGAGAGAGUCUAUAUAUACAUCCCAAGGAGGCUGGUGCUCACAGGCACAGCUGGACUGCUGGAUAACUGGACUGUAGCCCACUGGAUAUUUAGCUAGAAAGGCACCAGCAAGGUCUCUGGUCGUGGAAAACAAAUUAGAGUAAUUAGUGUGAAAUAUAUAUUACAAAGAUGAACAGUGUGGCAGAUUGGCUCGUACAGAACAGGGACAAGAUCGAGAAAGGUGUGGAGAUCAUGGGGCAAGCCUCUGAGGUACUAGCUGCCACUGUGGGCCAGCUUCACCCUGUCUUGGAGGCUGUGUUCGUGGCUUCAGCCGAGAUACUCAGCAACCCGGAGGGCAAAGAGGCCCGCUACCUGACUCGGCAAUUCGAACUGGUCAACCAGCAACUUGAGGGAAUCCAAGAUGAGAUUGAUAAAAUUGCUCUGGAGCUACAGAAGACGUCCAUGAACAAGCAGAACUUUGAUCGAGAGGCGCAGAUGCUCAGCCAGUAUGAAAAGUUCCAGGACUUUGUCAACGCCAAGCCAAAGUUCAAAGAGAAGAAGAUGGAGAAGUUCAUCAGCCAUUAUGAGAACACUGAUGGUGACUUGAACUUGGACGCCCUCUACAAUGCUGUCACUGGGGAGAACACCUCAGGAGACCCUAUGCUGGAAACUGUAGUCACCACAGAGCAGAGAAGCAGAAGGGCAGUAGAGGAUUUCUGCGCACGGCUGAAGAAGCUCUUUGUGGUUGGGAUUAUUGCCGUCAUGGGCCAUGCCGCCCUCAAGGAAGGAGCGGUGGGGGAGGAGAUGAUGAAGAAGUGGCAGGGACGGAUGGAGGAUGUGGAGAAACGUAUGAAAGCGGCUGUGGAUGACUGUACAGAGAACUUUGCAGAUCAAGCCAAGCUGGACAUGGAGCACCUGCUUCAGGAGAAUCCUGGCACUGUCAACCGCGACUUCACCAAAUCCCUUCUGGAUUCACUAAUUAAGAAAUACGACUGGGUGAACUGGUCCAUCAGGGCCUUCAGCGACAGGGAGCGCAUUUUCUUUUUCAACUGGCUGGCAGGAAAGAAGUACCAUGGAAGUGGAGGGGCCAACUGGUUCGACAUUUUGACCAACAACAAGAUCAAAGUGGUGGUCUCUUUCUGUGUUAACCCCAAGCCCAUCAACAAGAGUCAGAUCCAAGAGCAGAUUGAGAGCCAGAAGCUAAAGGGGAACAUGAUGGGAGUGGCUCUGUCUUUGAGUAAGAGCUUCCCCAACUGCCUGGUCCAUGCUGUCAGCCAUUACAAGGAGGUGGUGGAGAUCAACAACUUCCAUGAGGAUUGUUACUACUAUGGAAAACACAAAAGAGCCUACCUGUGUAUCCAUCCCGAGUAGGCUUACAGAAAAACAUGAAGUCUAGCUGCAUACAGGAAGAAAUGAGCUACAGAUAAAUUCAUGAUUGUCUUUGCCAGAAACCUGGAAAUAUUUGCAUUAAAUAUAGAAAUGUAUUCAUAAAUAUUGUCAGUGUUGAAGCAUAAUCUGCUAUGCUAUGUUUCCGGUGAUUCAUUGUCUUACUUGUAAUGAUUUUUAUUCUUUUACAUAUAGAUCUUCCCUCUGUUGAUCAUACAGCAGCUUCAGGGUGUUAAAGAAAUUUCCGAGCCAUACAUCUCAAUGCCAGCUUUGACUUAGCCUUAUGAAAAUUAUAAUGAUUCUGGGAUAAUAUUAGGGUUGGGCGAUAUGAUGAUAUUAAUCUGUUAGCUGCCAGAGACUUUGCCAUACUUUUAUACCAAAGUACAUGUCCUAUUUAACCCUUUCAACAUUGCUGGGUGUGUCAGACCAUUGUGGGAAAUGCUGUAAAUCAAUGAGCGGGACUACUUUAUGCUGUUAUUAGAUGGGGUGCAGUAGCCAGAUUUGUCAGUUUGGAUUUACCUAAAAUAAACAAAUAUAUAUGAGCAGUU